GGGGUCGGUCGGGCGCUGGGUCGGUCGGACGCUGACCGGGCGGCUGAGCGGCGCCUCGCUCUCCGGCGGCGGACGGGCGGCAGGAGCGGCCGGCGGCUUCGGCCUCGCCGGAGGGGAGAAGCACCCAGGUCGGGGACGAUCCGCAGACCCGGCGGCGGGAAGAGGAGGCGGGGGGCGGCGGCUGCGCGACCGAUGGGCAAAGGAGCCGUCCGGCCUUUCCCGGACGGCGUGGGGCUGGAGGCCACGUCGCGAGGCUGAACCCGGCAGGCCCGCAGGAGGUUCCUGGCGGCGGGUUGGAAGGGACGCUCCCCCCCGAGGUCAUCUAGUCGGACCCCCUCCCGCCCCCCACCUCGGAGCUGCCGCGUUUGGGCGGCUUUCCCUUCCCCGCAGCUGGGAGCCUCAGCCCCGGGGAUGCCGCCGCCGCCGCCGCUGGCCGCUCGCCCGGAGGAGCCUUCGCCUUCGCCUUGAUGCCUCCGGCGCUUCCGAAGACAGCUCCGCCAGGAUGAGGCCCCACCAUGUCGUCCUGGUCGCUCUCUGCCUCCGGGCUCCCGGCCUGCUGCUCAGCACCUCCGAGCGCUGCGACGACUGGGGGGUCGACACCAUGAAGCACAAGCCGGUCUACAGCGGGGAGCCGGCCAAGAUCAAGUGCCCGCUCUUUGUGGCUUUUGUGAAGCACAACUACAGCACGGCCCACGCGGCCGGCCUGACCCUCAUCUGGUACCGGAUCGGGCUGGGCCAGGACCUGGAGGAGCCCAUCAACUUCCGCCACCCCGACAACCACAUCAGCAAGGAGAAGGACAUGCUGUGGUUCCGCCCGGCGCUGCUGAACGACACGGGGAACUACACCUGCAUGCUCAGGAACGCCAGCUACUGCAGCAAAAUUGCCGUCCCCCUGGAGGUGGUCAGCAAGGACCCCGGCUCCUGCCUCAGCGAAGCGGUCAAGCCAGAAACGGUGCUCAUGUACUUCGACGCGGUCAAGCAGAACCUCACCUGCCCGGAGGUGGAGAGCUUUCUUCCAGCUGGCAUUGAGCCCCAGGUCCGGUGGUACAAGGAUUGCUACCUCAUGAAAUAUGACUAUCCUGAUCGGAUCCCCAAUGGCCUCAACCUCACUUUUGCCAUUACCUAUGAAGCAUACGAGGGCAAGUAUACCUGCGUGGCGAGUUACUGGGAAAACAGCCGGGAUUUUUCUCUGACGCGGACGAUGAGAGUCAAGGUGGUAGGAUCACCGGAAAAAUCAACGCCCCCCGUGAUCACCUCCCCAACCAAGUGGAUCGCCUAUGACCUCAAGCCAGGUGAACAACUGCUUCUCCGUUGUGAGGUGAUGUUCACGUUCCUGGAGGACUCUCCACAGGAGGUCUGGUGGGUCAUUGAUGGAAAACCCUCGGAUGACGUCACCGACCUCAAGUUCAACGUGACCCAAACCGAGUCCCCCUUAUCGAUCGGGGGCACCAAAAUCGAAAAGUAUCUGUUUGUGCCCCGCAUGACGGAGAAAGAUUUGAAACGCAACUUCACCUGCUUCGCCCAGAACAACCGGGGCCUCGUGCACGCCCAGGCGGUCGUGAGGAUGAAACCCCCAGUGUUGAGAUACACCGUGGAGCUGGCCUGCGGUCUGGGGGCCACCGUGCUGCUGGUGGUCAUCCUGACCAUCAUUUACCACUUCUACUGGCUGGAAAUGGUCCUCUUCUACCGGGCUCACUUUGGGACUGACGAAACCAUCCUCGACGGGAAGGAAUACGACGUCUACGUCUCCUACGCCAGGAACACGGAAGAAGAGGACUUCGUGCUGCUCACCCUUCGGGGUGUUUUGGAGAAUGAGUACGGCUACAAGCUCUGCAUUUUCGACCGAGACAGUCUCCCUGGGGGAAUUGUCACGGAUGAAACCCUGAGCUUCAUCCAGAGAAGCCGGCGCCUGUUGGUUGUGUUCAGCCCCAACUACGUCCUGCGGGGCACCCAGGCCUUGCUGGAGUUUAAGGCCGGCCUGGAGAACAUGGCUUCUCAGGGCACCAUCAAGGUGAUCCUGGUCCAGUACAAGCCCGUCAAGAAGAGCCAGGUGAAGGAGCUCCGCCGAGCCAAGACGGUGCUGACCGUCAUUAAGUGGAAAGGGGAGAAGUCCCGAUACCCAUCGGGGAGGUUUUGGAAGGAGCUGCUGGUCAAACUGCCGGUGAAGAGCAGAACCAAGAACCUUUGGGGUCAACAAGAGCUCAUCGGCCUUUCGCCCAAAGGCGUCUAAGGAAGGGAGAGGCCAGGAACCCAAAGCUGGGCUGGAAAGAGGAGAGGAGUGGGCUAGCUCUGGGGUCUCUGGCAAUCCGUGCUCCCCCCUCCGGCAGGGCUCCUGCUGUUUGAAGAUGCCCCAUCUGCAGAGUUGCCCGUCACGCCUCCUGCAAAUUGCAUCAACCCGGCUUGCCGGAGGGCCGAGGCAAGGUGCACGGCCGGGGUCCCUGGCGCAGUGAGUGCAAGGAUGCACCUCGUGUCGCUUGUCCCCCUUUCCCACUGCCACACACCCGUGAGGUGUCCCCCGUGUUCUUCGUCCAGAGACAGGAGAACAGAAGUCCUCCUGGGGCUUCAAAGGUGCUUUUUUUGGGAGAUUCUUGUUUUUCUUUGAAGGCCUUUCGCUUCCCAUCCCAGAAGCUUCUUCAGCUCUGACUGGAUGGUGGGGAAAUGGGAGGAUUUAUACUCCUUGCAGACGGC